CUAUAGCCAGGAGAUCGAAAUACCAGCCGUCAGCGAGGAUUAACAGGACCCAAUGGCCUACGAUAACAUCGACCGCGCGGUUGCCGCGGCCGAGCUGGAUGCCGCCUUACACAAUCAUCAGGCGCAUGGUCCCGGGCGCCGGAGCGAGGAGAUUGAACGGGUUAUUUCAGCGUCGUCCGUGUCGACCUCGUCGUCCGAGUCGGUACAUGGAGGAGUUCGAAUGAGCCGCAUCGCCACCCAUCGGGAUCUGGAGAGACAUCCGACCGAACUGUCACGCAUCCAAACAGCGCGGAGUCAACACAGCGGCACCGUUGGACGAGACUUCAGCAGGAGCAAGAGCAGAGAGGACAAGAAGCCCUUACCAGCCUUCGGUGCAGGGAAGCCCUACCCGCCGCUACUGCCAAACCAAGAAGACUAUGUCGUCGAGUUUGACGGGCCGGAUGACCCGUUACAUGCUCAGAACUGGCCUCUAAGCAAGAAAAUGGUGACAGCCGCCAUUCUUGGCUUCACUACCAUGAACGCGGCCUUUGGGUCGAGCAUCUUUUCAGCCGCCACGGGGGCUGUCGGCGUCGAGUUUGGUGUGUCUUCCGAGGUCUCCCUUCUCGGCGUGUCCCUCUAUGUCUUAGGCUUCGCAACCGGCCCUACCUUUUGGGCUCCCCUAUCGGAGCUCAAGGGGCGUCGCCUACCCCUGGUACUCUCCAUGUUCGGUUUCUCCAUUUUCAACAUUGCAUGCGCUGUAGCCAAGGACCUCCAGACGGUACUCAUCUGUCGAUUUUUCGCCGGCUUCUUCGGCGCAUGUCCCCUGGCCGUCGUCGCCGCCGUCUUCUCUGAUAUGUUUGACAACCGGACCCGGGGCAUCGCCAUCACCGUGUUCUCCAUGACCGUGUUCACCGGCCCCCUGUUGGCUCCAUUCAUCGGCGGUUUCAUUGUCGAGUCAUACCUCGGCUGGCGGUGGACCUCGUACAUUGUCUCCUUCAUGGGUUUCCUGGCUUUCGGCCUGGACCUGAUCUUCCUCCACGAGACGUACCCACCCGUCAUCCUCGUCGACAAGGCCGCUGAGCUGCGCCGACGCACCCUGAACUGGGGCAUCCACGCCAAGCAGGAGGAGAUUGAGGUCGACAUCCGCGAGCUCAUCACCAAGAACUUCUCGCGGCCCAUGCGCCUGCUCUUCGGCGAGCCUAUCGUCACUCUGCUGUCCAUCUACAUGGCCUUCAUCUACGGCCUGCUGUACCUCUUCCUGACCGCCUAUCCCUUCGUCUUCCAGGGUGUGCACGGCAUGUCGGCCGGCAUUGCCGGGCUGACCUUUUUCGGCAUGAUCACGGGCCAAAUCAUCGCCGGCAUCACCGUCCUCAUGCAGCAGCCCUGGUACCAGCGCAAGCUGGCGGCCAACAACGGCGUGCCCGUCCCCGAGUGGCGGUUGCCGAGCGUCAUCGCCGGCGGCGUGGCUUUUGCCGCGGGUCUCUUCUGGUUCGGCUGGUCUGGCUACCGCCGGGACAUCCACUGGAUCGUGCCCACGCUGUCAGGCCUGCUCACGGGUUUCGGCCUGGCCUCCAUCUUCUUGCAGGCGCUCAACUACCUGGUCGACGCGUACCUCAUGUUCGCCGCGUCAGCCAUCGCGGGCAAUACGUUUCUGCGGUCGCUCGCCGGCGCCGGCUUCCCGCUCUUCUCCAAGUACAUGUUUGAGGGCAUGGGCAUCCAGUGGGCCUCGACGUUGCUUGGCUGCGUUGCCACCGCCCUCGUGCCCAUCCCCAUCAUCUUCUACCUGUACGGCCACAAGAUCCGUGCCAGGAGCUCCUAUGCUCCCACACCGCCGCCUGGAGCUCGUCCCGCUGCUGAGAGCGACACUGAUGAUGCCGAUGCGGCCGGUGAGAAGAGCGUUGUAGAAGACUCAGCCAUGGCGAGCUUGCCCAGGCUCGAUAGGGACCGCGCCCAGAACGCGGUGUGAGUACUAUAACAUUGA